GUCAAAUAUCACUCAAAACAUGAGAUGCAAAGUCAAAUUCUUCCUUUAUCUUUUUGGGAAAUUUCAUUAAGAUUGUCCCAUAUCGAAUUUGGUGAAGUUUGUGUAGCUCUAAAUCAUUCUUUUUUUAUUCUUACUGAUGGAUCGUCGGACCAGGGGUGGCCGGAAUCCACCGAGAAUAAGAGAAGAAAGGGUGAGAGUGAAUUGGUUUGCAAGUCUUACAGUAUAAAAUUCAGAGUGCGAUCAAUUAAGCAUUUCUUUCCACAAAUUGGAAGGGAGCAGCCACGUGUAAAGGCUGAUUGGAGAGAGAAUCUUCAAUAGCUGGCUGAUUGGAGUUUGCUCCUAACAGAAUUGGUGCCAGAAAUCCCGUGUGGUUAAGCGUGGGUAACUGAGAAUAUUCCCUGGUGACGUGGUGAUCUCCCCUUGUGAGGUAGAUCCUCGCGGAUUUUGUCUAAGUCCACGAUGCUUUAUUCAGACCUUGGGGUUCACUAGGGUCGAUGUUCAGAAGCUCGGGCUCGUGAUGGGAGGACUCGCCCCACCUUUGUCCUCUGUCCCCGCCUGGUGCUUGACUGCCUGG